UCAAAAGUGCUACGCAUUUCGCUAACGACGUAAAAGGAUAAACAUAGACGGCUAGGUCUUUGCGCUAGCGUGUAAAGAGUUGAUCUCCACACGCUGUUGUGAUGCAAACUAGGAUCGAUCCCUCUCACGUGUCCGUCUGAAGCCACCACCGAUGGCCGGUUGUCGAAGCUGGUCGGGAUAACGGCUAAAGAUCCGGACCACCAGACGUCCAUCAUAAUCCGCAGUGUCAACAUCUCCGAGGUUACUCCGGGGAUCCGCUAUGCAAGCCAACACAACGCGGGGCUUCCUGUGGUCGGACGUGGAGACCAGGACCUUGUUGAACAUCUGGGGGGAGCAGGACAUCCAGACGGCGCUGGAUGGAAACUUCCGUAACAGCUUCGUGUACCGCGACGUCGCCCGGCGGCUCGGGGCGAUGGGCUUCGAGAGGACGCCGGAGCAAUGCAGGGUGCGGAUCAAGAGCCUCAAGAGACAGUACCUGUUAGCGAAGGAAGGUAAUCUGCGGAACAACGGGCAGUAUCACAAGAUCUGUAAGUUUUAUGACACCAUGGAGAGGAUUUUGAGCAACCGGGCCGUUCUUGACCCCCAGGAGUUUAUAGACAGCGGGGCGGGAGCAGAGGAGGCCGUGGACGGCCUGGAGGAGGAUGGAGAGGAUGCCCAGGAUGUGUACUCGGAGAGCACGGGGGAGUGUCCCUACCCUGCAGAGACCGAAGUGAAGCUGGAGUACCCAACUGUUCCCAUCCCGAUCCCGAUUAAAGUCACAGUGGGCAAUAACAGUGCUUCGAUACGACCGCACAACAACAACAACAGCAGCAGCAGCCAGCCGGCCGCCAAUCUGUCAGCCAGGACGCCGAAGCGCCAGAGAAAGCGUCGCGCCAACUUCCCCAUGGAGAAGCUGAUGGAGCGCUUCCUGGAGCAGAGCGCCCAGGCCGAGGACAGCUUCUACCGCAUGGAGGAGCAGAGGCUGCAGGCUGAGGACCGCCGCAGGGAGGCCGAGCACGCCAGAGAGCUGCACAUGCUUCAGAUGCUCGGCCAGAUGUUCUCCGGCGUCUCCUCCUCCGCCAGGCCAGCCUCCGCCGGCAGCACUCCCUCCAAAACGGCCUCCCUCGCACGCCCUCCCGCGUUCUCCGGUGCCUCCCAGUCGUUCACGCGCGGGCAGUCGGCUCAGCUCAGGCGGCCUUCGCCUCAGACAGACUGUUUGACCCAACAGAGUCAAGUGCUGAACCGAGAUCAGCAGGCUUUAGUGUUUGAACGCUACUACGGUUUGGGAUCUACGUCACACAGAGGCAUGGACGAUGACGUCCUCCCUCUGAUAAAGAGCAUCGUCCCUCCGCUUACGUCCAAGAAGCACAAGGGACAAGACGGACGUAUUGGGAUCAUUGGAGGAUGCCAAGACUACACAGGAGCUCCAUACUUUGCCGCCAUCUCAGCGUUGAAAGUGGGGGCUGACUUGUCUCAUGUGUUCUGCACCAAAGAUGCUGCGACCGUAAUCAAAUCAUACAGCCCCGAACUCAUCGUUCAUCCUGUCCUGGACAGUCCUAAUGCAGUGGAAGAGAUAGAAAAAUGGCUCCCAAGACUGCACGGCCUUGUGGUGGGACCAGGUCUAGGGAGAGAAGACUUGUUACUGAAAACAGCCAAGGAGGUGAUCGAGAAGUCUAAAGCGAGAGACAUCCCUAUAGUCAUUGAUGCAGACGGAUUGUGGCUAGUUACCCAGCAACCAUCUGUCAUCCAAGGAUACCAGAAAGGCAUCCUUACACCCAACUUCAUGGAGUUCACCCGGCUGUACGAGUCACUGCACCAUGAGCCCAUGGACAGCCGUGAUCAUCAACGCAACGUCAUGCAGCUCAGCGUAGCCAUGGGCAACCUCACUCUGGUGCUAAAAGGAGAACAGGAUCUCAUUUCAGACGGCAGUAACGUGAUCCCGUGCAGCGUUGAGGGCAGUGGGAGAAGAUGUGGUGGACAGGGCGAUCUUCUAUCUGGAUCUUUGGGAGUUUUGGCACACUGGGCCCACGCUGCCUCUGCAGCUGGGACGCUCAGGAGCGUCAAUCCAUCGGUGGUUGCAGCAUUCGGAGCCUGCUGUCUUACAAGACAGUGCAACAGUCAGGCGUUCCAGCGACACGGCAGGUCUACCACCACAUCGGACAUGAUCCAGGAGAUCGGGUCGGCCUUCAAAAAGCUAUUUGAAAGCUGAAAAACCGGCUGGAGUGAUAAAAUUGUUGUUUUCAAAAUCUACACGUACAUACUCAACUUUGCAUUCUCAAUAUAACCAGAGUGGGAAAUGUUCUCAUGAGAGGUGUGGACUUUAAAGACAGAGCCGGUGUAUUAAAUGAACCCUAUGAGAAAACGACCACGUCUUCCAUCUGUAAAGUAGCAUUCACCAAACAUGUCGAGGUAGCUGACGUUCUCACAGCCCACCAAAGAGACAAAGACAAACGGAGCCCCACCACAGAAACCUGUUUGAAUUUUGAAAUAAAUAAAUAAAUAAUAUUAUGUGU